AUGAAACAAUAACAAAUUCAAAUUGACAGAUCCAAUAUAUUUCGUAAUGUUAUAAUAAAUUAAUAAUUUGUAGAUUACAGAUAAAGCAAUGUAAAUGUCCAAGCCAUUCCUAUUUCGUAAUCUUGAAAAAGGCUUAUAUACGCCGAAACAUAUGUCGAUUACAAGUUAUAAAAUCUGAAUACCUGAAGUUUUAUUGUGCUCUAAACCCAAGAAAAUUGCACCUGAAAUAUAUGAAAUAUAGCACGAGAAAUUUUACCUAUUGUAUUUAUAGACUCCUGGGUGAAAAAUGGAGGCAGACAACAUCAACAUGAGAUUUAUCCAAGACAACUAUCCUGAGGACAUUGCACGUACUUUCAAAAGACUUUGGAACACGAAAAAACAAAGAGCAAAACAAAAGAACAGAAGAAUAUUCUUGCUACAAUGUAAAAAUGCACAAUUAUGUCCAACAUUUCUUAAACUUAAGCUUCAGCACAUCAAAUUUCUAGACAAAUCGAUGAAGAUAAACUUUGACAGAGCAGUGAGUAAAUUCCAAUUGAGAACACUCAAUCUACUACUAACGGAUACAACAAAACAUCUGAGAAAACUUGAAGCAGAAAUAAGACAUACAGAGUCGGAGUUAAAGAGUAUACAACCAUCCGAACAUAUUAGACAAUAUCUUAAUAUCCAGAAUUGUAAAAUAGAAGAAACAUUCAAGAAAGUCCAGAGUAAACAAAUAAAGAAACUACAAAAAUUAAAAAACAAAAAUAGUAACACCAAUACCACACAUACAGAAUGGGUCACUAACCUCACAGACACAGAUAUACCUGAAACAGUCCUAGAAAUUCUUAGCUUGGGCCCAAACUACGGCAUGGAAUAUAAGACAGAAAACAUACCUAUAACAGACAUUGUUGCAAGUUUGGAAACUGGAAUUAUAAACCUAGAACCAGAAAUACAGUCAAAAAUUAGAACAGAUAUAACAAACACUAUCACUAAUUUCAAAAACAAGAAUCCAAAAAGGAAUAGAGAGCAAGAUAUAUUAAAUAAGAAAAUUAAAGAAACAACAACAUUCCUAAAAAAUAAUCCCCAACUUAAAAUCUUGAAACCAGAUAAAUCAAAUAAAACAGUAAUAAUGAACAACAGUGACUAUAAACAUAAAAUAUUAGAACAUCUUAAUGACAAAAAAACUUACAAAAAAUUAAAUCGGGAUCCUACACAAGUAAUUCAGAGAAAAAACAAUGAAAUAGUGAAAAAUUGGGAAACAAAAAAUCUUUUACCUAAAAAGCUAUGUUCCAGUCUCAAAAUACACAACGCUGUGCCUCCCCAAUUCUACGGUUUACCUAAGCUUCAUAAAGAUAACAUUCCGUUAAGACCAAUUGUCAGCUGUAUUCAAGGUCCUACCUACAACCUAUCAAAAUACUUAUCUAAGUGUAUAUCUCCCAUCAUUGGUCAGAACGCAUACCACAUAAAGGAUUCUUGGACGUUCAAACAAUUCAUAGAUACAGUGAACUUGAAUGAAGAUGAAAGGUUGGUGUCAUUUGAUGUUGUGAGUCUAUAUACCAACACUCCAAUGGAAAAAGCCAAAGACAUAAUUUCAAAACGUUGGGACGAAAUAAAAAAUCAUACAGAUCUCACAAAAGUUGAAUUUAUGAAGGCCAUUGAUUUCUGCAUAACAAACUCCUAUUUUCAGUUUGAAGAUUCCUUUUACAGCCAAAUAGACGGAUGCAGCAUGGGAAACCCUCUAUCAAGUGUAUUAGCCGAAUUAGUAAUGGAAGACCUUGAAAAAACGAUAAUAGAAAAACUUAUAUUUAAAAUAAAUUUCUUCAAGAGAUAUGUGGAUGACUGCAUAACUGCGAUUGCCGAAUCUCAUAUAACACCAAUAAUAAAUGAACUAAACAACUAUCAUCCAAAACUUAAAUUCACAGUGGAGAUAGAAAAAAACAACAGAAUAAACUUUUUAGAUAUGACACUGAUACAUGAUAACAACGGUUCUAAAAUAGAGACAAUUUGGCAUACUAAGGAAACAUGGUCAGGCAGAUACCUAAACUAUAAAUCAACAGCACCAAUUCAAUAUAAGAAAAGUGUUGUCUCAGGAAUUGCAGAUAGAUCGAUAAAGCUGACAUCACCGAAAUAUCGCAUCGAAACAAUAAAAAAAGCAAAAGAGAUCCUAAAUCGAAACAACUAUCCACCAAAAUUCGUAGAGAAAAUAUUUAAAACCAGAAUACAUUCAGCUUAUAAUUCCACUAAUAAUGAGACAAAUAAGAAAGACAAAAAAUACAUAGCAAUCCCAUAUGUAAAAAAUCUGUCGGAGAAGAUUAAUUACAUAUUCAAGGACACAGACAUAAAAAUUGCACACAAGUCCACAAACAACUUAAGGCCUCUUUACAGCAAGCUGAAAUCAAAAAUUCCAAAGGAUAAAACAUCAAAUUGUGUUUACCAACUGAAAUGCAAGGAAUGUCCAGGAGUAUACAUAGGCCAAACAACACAAUAUAUAAAAGAAAGGAUUAAUGGCCACAAGUAUGCGAAAAAUUCUACAGCCCUAAAGAAACAUGAAAUAGCAAGAAACCAUAGUUUCGACUUCGAUAAUUUUCAGAUCCUACACAGAGAAACCAACAGCAAAAUAAGGACUUUCUUGGAAAUGAUAUAUAUUCAAAAGGAAAAAAACUCUAUAAACGACAGAACCGACCUGAAAAAUUUAUCAAAAAUUUACCAUAGUAUCCUUAAAAAAAAAUAA